CUUACAUUGAAUCUCUCCGGACCAAAGCACAAUAUAUAACUAGAAACUGCAAAAACAAGAACGCAAUACCCGGAACCUUCCCUGGCCCAACCUACGUCCCAAAUCAUCGUCCCAAAUCACAUUUUGCAUAGGACAUGAUAGAAGAAUAUCUGCAAUGAUGAGCGAUCACCGCAUUAUUUACCCUCCGUGCAUCGCCUUCUCCAGAUGGUUUCCGUGCUGAGGAUUUGCCUGAAUGUCUUGCAGACGAGCGCAAGGUUUGGAAGCUCUGUGCCCGGCAGCGAGGAGAAUAUUCCCACCAAAAGCUCUGGGGGCAGAUCCAACAGGGACUGCGGGUUCGGUGGUCCGGUGCUUGCACUUUGCCCAUACGAAAGUCUGACAUUUGCACGACCAUAUUCAGCAGUGGCUUCGUGGGCCACACUCCGCCCUGCCGCGGCCGAGGGGUUUUCGGGGCCGCCAGUGACGGCUUGUGUCUUGCCCACAAUCCGCACCCCUUCCUCAUCGUCCAUGUCGGAGUCGCUUCCCUGGUCCUGUUGAUUAUGCCGCUGUCGCCGCCUGCACCUCCGGGACUGACCCACUCCGCAGAGCCUGGCACACACAGCCAUCCGUAGUAGUCACCAAAAGGCUGACCACUGUGGUCACAAACAGUGCAUUGAAGGGGAAGGACAUUGGAGCCAUGGUCAAAUCCAUAUUCAAAGGCUCUCUGCCCAGUGCCCCAGAGGGAGCGAGUCGCAGGCUGCUCCUGUACCAGCACUGCAUCCCCCUGUGUGAGUCUGGAGAUCUCCAGACAGAGGUGGCAUCAGACAUCAUUGGACUGCUGAUGCUAGAGACCCACAACCUGCCCGGCCCCUCCCUGGCACAGCUGGCGUCUCUCUUCGUUGAUGCUAUUAAGUUGGGUAAGAUGGGCAGUGGCAAAUCCCUGGAGCUCUUCCCCACAGUCCUCACUGCACUGGCUGCCACUGAGGCUCUAUCCUAUGGCAAAGGUGAGCUCAGUGGGGAAGAGUACAAGAAGCAGCUCAUCAACAGCCUCUGUUCCAGCAGAUGGGACCCACAGUGUGUGAUCCACUUGACCACUAUGUUCAGGGAUGUGCCCUUGGCACCAGAGGAGCUGCAGUUCCUGGUCGAGAAGGUCCUGAGGAUGUUCCUCAAACUAGACCUGCAGGAGAUCCCACCUUUGGUCUACCAGCUGCUGCUGCUGGCUGCUAAGGGCUGUAAGAAACAGGUCCUGGAAGGAAUCAUCAGCUACUUUAAAGAGCAGGAUCUUCGCCAGAAAGAGGAACAGAAAGAUGGAGAGAGUAUGGACGUGGAGGUUCAGUCCAUUCCUCAGGACCAGCUGAGGCAUGUGGAGGGCACAGCCAUCCUGCACAUAGUUUUUGCAGUGCGGCUUGACCAGGAGCUAGGGAGGGAGUUCCUGAAAAGCGUUAAGGGGUCCCAGGGGGAGCUCUGUCCGUUCAGCAUUGCUCUGCUGCUCUCGGUGGCCAGGAUUCAACGCUACGAGGAGCAGUUGUUUGAUUUUUUGAAGGGGGCGAUCACUAAGGGCUUCAAGGAUGAGCAUCUGCAGCAGGGCUCCAAGUUCCUGCAGGACCUGCUGCCUCAGCGCUGCAGCCUUGCUCAGAUGAUCCUGGACACUGUCAAGAACAGUGUGUUUGGCUGGGACCAUGUGACCCAGGGGCUGGUCCAACUGGGCUUCAUCCUUAUGGACGCCUUUGGCCCCAAGGCAGGACCAUUCGGGAAGACUGCAACCGAAGGGGCCAACGCCACAGCCAAAACACCCACACAACAGGCCUGUCGGCUGGGGGGACACAUCCUCUUGGAGGGCUUCAAGAUGCAUGAGCCAAUCAGGGGUGAGAUUCUGGAGCAAGUCCUGAACCGAUUGGUCACCAAAACGGCCUCCCCUGUCACUCAUUUCAUAGAUCUUCUCUCGGACAUUGUGGUCUCGGCUCCCAUGAUCCUUCUGGAGUCAUCAUCCAAGGUGACAGAGACGUUUGAUCACCUGUCCUACCUGCCACUGGCCACUGUGCAGGGGCUACUCAAGGCUGUCCAGCCUCUGCUGAAGGUCAGUAUGUCCAUGAAGGAUGCUCUAAUUCUCGUUCUGAGGAAGGCCAUGUUCUCCAGCCAGUUGGAUGGGAGGAAGUCUGCGGUGACGGGCUUCCUGCUGCUGCUGAAGAACUUCCGGGUCCUGGGUAGCAUGGCUUCCAGCCAAGCCAGCCAGGCCAUCUCCUCCAGCCAGGUCCAGGUGGACGUUCACUCCCGCUACAACUCUGCUGCCAACGAGGCCUUCUGCCUGGAGAUCCUCAGCAGCCUGCGCCGAUGUCUGGGCCAGCAGGCCGAUGUACGACUCAUGCUCUACGAGGGUUUCCAUGAUGUCCUCCGUCGCAACUCUCAACUAGCAAGCUCCAUCAUGCAGACCCUGCUCUCGCAGGUGAGGCGGUACUAUGAGCCAGAGCAGGACCUUCUGCCCCCAGUGAAGCUGGAGUUAUGCAUCGGUGCUCAAGGAGACCAAGUCUUCCUCCAGGAGCCUCUGGCCCAUCUGUUGAGUUGCACAGUCCACUGCCUGCUGUGGUACCAGGGCAUGCGCCGUUCAGCCCGGCCCAACGCAGGUGGGAGUGACGAUGAUGAUGAUGAAGAGGAAGGGGGAUUUCAAGACGAGCUGCAGAGCAUCCUGGAGAGCAUCACGCGUCGGAUGAUCAAGUGUGAAUUGGAGGACUUUGAGCUGGAUAAGUCGGCUGAAUUCUCCCUGUCCAGUGUGGGGGUGAAGAACAGCAUCUAUGCCGUGCUGGUGAUGGGAGUGUACGAGGUGCUCAUCGAAUACAACUUCACCAAGGCCAACUACAGUAAGAGUCUUUUCGAGGAACUCCUGGAGCUGUUUAGUCGCUAUAACAAGCUGUUUGAGAUCCUGAAGGAGAAGUCUGGAAAGGGCAAGAGCAGCAAGAGCCCUCGAAGCCUGCUGUCUAUGGGCUUUGUGUCAACACUGCUCACUGCACUCUUCAGAGACAGCGCUCAGAGCAGAGAGGAGGCUCUGUUGGUGCUGCGAUCUAGUGGGGACUUCCUGCGUUAUGCUGUGAGCGUGGCUCUGCAAAAGAUGACACAGUUGGAGGAAACUGGACACACUGACGGCCCAGAUGGACAGAACACAGACAAGACCUUCCACCACCUCUGUGACAUCACUAGUGUCUUGAUGUGGCGGUACACCAACAUCCCGUGUGCAGUGGAGGAUGCUGGGAAGAAGGAGAAGCGUUGCAGUGUGUCCCUGCUGUGUCUGGAGGGCUUGCUGAGGAUCUUCAGCACUGGGCAGCAGCGCUACCCAGCCAGGGUGGCCCAGCUCCUUUCUGCCAUCGAUCUCUCUGUGGAGGAAGGGAGUGAUCACGGGCCAGGGAAUGCCAGCGUCACAGAGAAGACUGCUUUCUACAUUCGCCAGUUCCAGAGGGCACUGUUUACCCAGCUGAAUGGAGGGGAGGAGGACUUCAACAGCAAGGAGGCUCAGCUCCUGGUAAACAUCCUGAGUGUGCUCUCACGCCAGCUAGAACCCUCCUCCCAGCAGUUUGUUCAAAUGAUCACAUGGACAGUGAAAAUCUGCAAGGAGACCAGCUUUGAGGACAUAGCGUUCAGUAAAGGCCUGCUCUCCCUGCUCUUCAGUCUGCACGUGCUCUACAAGAGUCCCGUCAGUCUGUUGUGGGAGCUUUGUCAAGACAUACACAGUCAGCUGGGAGACAUCGACCAGGAUUUGGAAGUGGAGAAGCAGUCUCACUUUGCCAUCGUCAACAUGAAGACCGCCUCGCCGACAACACUCCUGGUGCUGUCUCAGGUGGGGAAAGUAUUGGAUGAGGUGGACUGGCUGAUCACCAAGAAGAAAGGCCAAUUGGUCCCUGACAGGCUCAGCUCUGGUGAUGCCACCCAGGCUGCGGGCCAGCAGGACCCAGUGGAGAAGGCGCUGACGCUGCAGCUGGGGACUCUCCUGACGGCCCUGAACGAGCUGGUCCAGACCGCCCUGCCAUCUGGAGUCUGCACCAACACACUGCUGGGAGAGCUGAGCCGUACAUACACCAUCCUCACCACUCUGGUCAAAUAUUAUAUCCAACUGUGCUCAGGCCAACAGGGCCUGCUCCCAGCACGUGUGGAGAAGCUGGUCAAACUGUCCGGCUCUCACCUGACUCCACAGUGCUACUCCUUCAUCACCUACGUGCAGAGUGGUGAGCUGGCCGGUGGAGGUGCAGAUGAUAAAAAGAAGAAGAAAAAGGAGGGGGAGGCCACUGCUACAGCAUCAGCAAAACUCCUACGUGAGACCAAGGCCAUUCCCAAUCUGAUCUACAGUAUAGAACAGUAUGAGAAAUACCUCAUCACCCUCUCCAAGAAAUCAAAGGUGAACCUGAUGCAGUACAUGAAACUGAGCACGUCCAGAGAUUUCCGCAUCAACGCAGCCACUCUGGAGGCAGCGCUGCAGGAGCACGACAACAGUCAGCAAACCAUAGCCUCCCAGGAGCCAGAGCAGAGCCAGGAGCCCAAGAAGAAGAGGAAGAAGCAGUAAUGGAAAUCAAUAAUACCCUGGCCCUUCUAAACCUCUCAGUACACUCCUCUCUUAACCAGUCUGGAGUUGCCCCCAUUCAUCCGGAUGCGUUCUGAUGAUCUGCUGAGUUGGGUCGUGCUCAUUAGGCCACACCGUAGCAAAAUGUUUUGCAUCAGAAAACAAAAAUUUGUGUUUCUUAUUGGACAAGUUCAGAUAGCCCCGCUUUGGACCGUUUUCUUCUAUUUAGUGCCUUAUUAUCAUGAACCUGCAUAGAACCAGUAGUUCCUAUUGACGUCAUUGGUUUGAUGACUCAGUGCCUGGGUUGGGGUAGCUCUGGAGGACCUGUGUAUCUAUCCCAUGAAGCCUCUGGCUACACUAGCUACAUCAUAGAGGACUGCUCGGUUCACCCUGUUAUUUCCCUUUUCCCAGAGAGCCUUUGGUGAUGUCUGAUUUGGUGAAGAGUCAAUCUGUUGUUAUUCUAGGUAUACAUACUGUACAGAGAAAGAUCAAAAAUGAUGUUUUGCAUUAUGAUCAUUUGUUAAAAGCUUUUACUAAGAAGAUUGAGAGCAUGUAAGAGCAUUUCUGCUGUAAUUAUUCAUUUACAGUAAAAAUGCCAUUAUGUAAACAUGUUUGUUACUUUACAAUCUGAAGAAUUAUACAUUAAAUGUAAUUGUGUGAAAUAGA